AAAAAAAAUCACACACACACACACAGAGUACAUAGUACCAUAUACAAAAUCUUCAGUCAGGGAAAAAAAAAAAGAGAGAGAAAUUCAUCGAAUCAGAGAGAUGGGAAUGGAGAAAGGUGAAGAAGAGGAAGAGGAGUUCAGGAGAAGGGGAGGUGCGAAAAGGCUGAAAUGCACUGCGGGUGACCCAAAGAAAAGAGGAUAUCAACGAGAAGAAUUCCAAGAUGAAGAGGAAGAGGAAGAAGAGGAAAGUGGUAGUGAAGAUGGUGAGAUUUAUGUCCCUGCAGGUGAAAAGUUCUUCUAUCCCAUUACGACGCCGUCUGCGAUCGUUGUUUCUGAUGCGUUGGAACCCGACUUCCCCAUCAUUUAUGUGAAUACAGUCUUUGAACUCUCCACUGGGUUUCGUGCUGAUGAAGUCCUCGGUCGCAAUUGUCGGUUCUUGCAAUUCAGAGACCCUCGUGCUCAAAGAAGGCAUCCUUCUGUUGAUCCUGUUGUAGUUUCUGAGAUCAGAAGAUGUCUCCAGGAAGGCAUUGAGUUCCAAGGUGAGCUUCUCAACUUCAGGAAGGAUGGAACUCCUCUGGUGAAUAUGUUAAGACUCGCACCAAUACACAGCGAUGAUGGCAUAGUUACGCAUGUAAUUGGGAUUCAAAUGUUUUCUGAAGCAAAAAUAGAUCUAAAUACUGUAUCAUAUCCUGUUUUCAAGAAAACUUGCCAGCAUGAAUUUGAUGAGUCAGCAGACACUGCUCCAAUGAGUGAGCAGUUUCAGUACACUCAGCAUCUGGAAAUAUGUAGGAUUCUUCAGCUCACUGAUGAAGUACUGGCUCAGAACAUAUUAUCACGGUUGACACCAAGGGAUGUAGCAUCUAUUGGCUCUGUUUGUAGAAGGAUUCGCCUAUUAACAAAAAAUGAGCAUGUAAGAAAAAUGGUUUGUCAAAAUGCUUGGGGAAGGGAUGUCACUGGUGCAUUGGAACUGAUGACAAAAAAAUUAGGUUGGGGGCGUCUUGCUAGGGAAUUGACAACUCUUGAAGCCGUUUGCUGGAGAAAGGUGACAGUUGGAGGUGCAGUUGAGCCUUCACGUUGCAAUUUCAGUGCUUGUGCUGCUGGCAAUCGUCUAGUCCUGUUUGGUGGAGAAGGAGUCAACAUGCAGCCAAUGGAUGACACCUUUGUCCUAAAUCUUGAUGCUGCAAAUCCAGAAUGGCGUCGAGUGAGUGUAAAAUCUUCCCCACCAGGACGUUGGGGCCAUACACUUUCAUGCCUGAACGGUUCCUGGUUGGUGGUAUUUGGAGGCUGUGGGAGGCAAGGGUUGCUGAAUGAUGUGUUUGUUCUCGACUUGGAUGCCAAACACCCCACGUGGAAAGAAGUCUUUGGUGGAACUCCUCCACUUCCUAGAUCUUGGCAUAGCUCUUGCACGUUAGAAGGGUCAAAGUUAGUCGUCUCAGGUGGAUGCACUGAUGCAGGGGUACUGCUCAGUGACACAUAUUUGUUGGAUCUUACUACAGAAAACCCCAAGUGGAGAGAGAUCCCAACUUCAUGGGCACCUCCAUCCAGACUGGGGCACUCACUCUCAGUAUAUGGAAAGACGAAAAUUCUUAUGUUUGGGGGGCUUGCCAAGAGUGGGCACUUGCGCUUAAGGUCAGGUGAGGCAUAUACUAUUGACUUGGAUGAUGAGAAGCCACAGUGGAGGCAACUUGAAUGCGGUGCAUUCACUGGCCUAGGAAGCCAGAAUGCUGUAAUUCCUCCUCCUAGACUUGAUCAUAUGGCAGUAAGCAUGCCUUGUGGUAGGAUUAUCAUCUUUGGUGGUUCAAUUGCUGGGUUGCAUUCUCCUUCACAGCUGUUCUUGUUAGAUCCUGCAGAAGAAAAGCCAUCCUGGAGAAUUCUCAAUGUUCCUGGAGAGCCACCAAAAUUUGCUUGGGGCCAUAGUACAUGUGUGGUUGGUGGAACCAGAGUCUUGGUCCUUGGCGGGCACACUGGUGAAGAAUGGAUUCUUAAUGAAUUACACGAGCUAUGCUUAGCCAGCAGACAGGACUCUGAUCAUUAACUCAGGAACAAAGCAUGCUAUUUAACUUCAAGAAGAUGUUUUCUUCUGGUUUUCUGCUAGGCUGCUAGCGUCGUGAUACUCUCUCUCUCUGGAUAGAUGAGGGAGUUGAUUGUAUGCAAGGGUGAUUCUUGGUAUUGCGUAUUUGUUUUGAUGCCAACUGAUAUUGUAGAUAUGCUCUUUAUGAUCUACUACUUGUAGUCACCAGUUUGUCUUUGAAAUAAAUGUGUUUGUUUAGUACCAUAUCUCG